AUGGAGGCGGGCCGAUCCAUCGCGGGGCCGCUAAUCCGGUGUUGGAGCGCCUGGGAGAAAUCCCGGGAGAAGGGUUUGAUCAGCAGGCAUUUCAUGUCAAGUAACUGCAACCAUCCCCAUCCCUUAGGUGCCAAGAAGUGGCUGGAAUGGAGGAGAGAGAUUGAACUGCUGUCUGAUGUAGCCUACUUCGUCCUUACCACUUUGUCAGGUUAUCAGACUCUGGGUGAAGAGUAUGUUAACAUUGUUCAAGUUGACUCAACCAAGAAAAGGGUACCUUCUUUUCUUCGACGGGCCAUCUUCGUUUCUCUUCAUACUGUAGUACCCUAUUGCUUAGAAAAGGGAUUGCUGCAUCUGGAACAUGAGCUGCAGAUAGAACCUGAUGAGUCCAGAACCUCGCAGAGCAGCCCAGCACUUGGCCUAGCCAGUCGGACCUUAAUACGGAACUGGAUUCAGAAACAAGUUGGGGAGCUUACAGAACAGCAGAAGAAAAGAGUCUUACAAACUGUGUAUGUUCUUAAACAAUGCAUACCUUUGCUUCAUCGACUACAUCUGGCAGUAUUCUACAUAAGAGGCACUUUCUAUCACCUGUCUAAAAGAAUCACAGGAAUCACGUAUCUGCAUUUUGGAGGACUGCAAGGAGAAGAUCGGAGUAUUCGAUCAAGUUACAAGUUUCUUGGAAUAAUUUCACUCUUCCAUCUUCUUCUAACAAUUGGUGUUCAGAUGUACAGCUUCAAACAGAAGCAGAGAGCAAGGCAGGAAUGGAAACUACACCGCAACCUAGCUCAUCACAAAAAUACGACCAAGGGAAAAACUACUGGGCGCCACUCCCACUGCACUUUGUGUUUGGAAGAACGGAGACAUACAACAGCCACACCUUGUGGCCACCUGUUCUGCUGGGAAUGCAUCACGGAGUGGUGUAACACCAGGACAGAAUGUCCACUGUGCAGAGAGAAGUUUCAUCCUCAGAAACUGAUCUACCUACGUCACUAUCAACUGUAAAGGAAAAAUCUCUUCUGUUUCACAACAAGGGCCUCAGCUCUCAUACCCUUUAUAAAGUUGUCAUACAGCUUGAGUUAGUCCAAGAAAGACUUUAUUAUAAAACCGGUAACUGCCUGUGCAAGGUGGCACUUCAUUCCUGUUCUACAGAAUAAAUCUUUUUCUGCCUCUACUCUACUGUUUCUUCUAACAUGGUUCUUGACCAUAUUAAAAAUGUCUCUCGAAAAAGUGCUUAACACAAAUGUAAUAGUUUUCUUCAUGUUGGGCAAUGAAAAAUUUACAUCAGAUUCUCAUUCUCUAAAUGUAAGUGUGGAUAAUGAGUCUUCCAACCUUUCAUAGCAUGCUUAAGGUAUUAGUAAAAUUCUACAAUUUCUAAGACUCCCUUUCUCCUAUAACAUAAUGAGUCCGUGCUGUGGAGUUCAGGGGAAAAGGACAAAAGCUGUACACAAAUCCUUACUUUAACUGCAGUUCAAGUUCUGAUGAUAAAUGUAUGUCAUGUACCAUCCGUUUUCAUAACAAGGUUAACAAUAAAGCAGGUUUCCUUGAUUUGGCAAACUGUGAAUUUCCCUUAGGUCAACAGAAGCAACAAAUGCGAACCCACAGUAAUGCAGGCUACUCUGCACCCUGAUCAGUUAACAUCCAGCUUCCAAACUCCAAGCUUUUCUAUCACUAUUAGAUAUCAAGACUUUUCAUCAAGUAUUCUAGACAGACUAUAGCAAUGUAACAGGUGUUGUUUCAAAAAAGCCCUAGUACAUAUACUAACAGAAACUAAGCUCAACUAUAAAAUGUUAGUUUUAUAACACAGCUAAAGUUUUGUCUGUGUGGUGUUUUCUACAGUCUAACACAGAUAGCGAAGAAGCUGACUUCAGCCGCGAGACCCUCUCCCCUCUUUAUGGCAAUAGGGGCUAUUUCAGCUAAGCCAAUAUUUUAGAGUAUAAAGGAGGAGGGAUUCAGCAGCAUCACCUCGUCAAGGUUUACUCCCUUAAGUUAUUAUUAGUUCCAUUAUACAAAUAUUCGGAGCAGCAGGGAAAAAGAUUGUUAGUUGUUAACAGAUCUUGUCAUUCUUGCAUGAUAGAAAAUGUACAAGAUGAAUUUAUUUGUAUUCUUUAAAUACACAUGGGGAAAAAAAGCCAGAUGAUCCACUCUGUGGAUCAUGAGUUACAGAUUCAAUAAAUCUUUCACAAAUGGCACUGAAUAUGGACUUGGGAGUGGCAGGGGGAGGCAUGCUACAGUAAGAGCACUUCUUUUAAGAUGGUUAUUUGUACCGCAGAGAUCCUGGUUAGCUAAUUAACAAUUAAAUCUCCAAGUGUUAUCAUAAAAACUCCAAUAAAAUUAGUUUAACUUUUCAUUAUAUCUAUAAAUGGAAUUAAAAAUAGUUGCUCAUAACUGCGAACACUUCAUCAGUACUGUACAAAAGUGAUUUCCAGAGCUGCAAAACCAUCCCUUUCUUACACCAGGAAACGUUCAGGCAUCCCUCACCUAUUUAAAACUGCCAAGGCAACAGCGGAAGAAAGAUGGUCCGUAUCAUGAAUCAAAACACGACUACCUAAGGAAAUCACUGCCUGAUCUCCUUAUUAAGGGAAUAGUAAGGAAAAACACGUAGUUGCACAUAAAAACAAAUAGGAAGCAAUCAAUGACUGGGAAGUAUCUGUGAAGUUGUCAAGCCAAGUUUUUCAUGCAUUCUGUAAGGGUAAUUUUUUUUUAGCACUUGUAGGUGAUAAAAAUAAAGCAAUGCUUAACAAAAUGCCAUCAAACUUGUCUGGCCGUUGCAUGCUGAGAGUCAGCUGGGGAACUAUACCGUUGCCCCAACAUCAUCUACAACCCAUAUUUGAAAACCGUUAAUCCCACUGAAUGCAGAACAUCUAUGCCUACCUAAGAAUGAGAAGGCAUUAAUCUAAAGCUGCCACUGAAGUUUGAAAUUAAGUGGAGGUAAAAAUGUCUAAUUUGCAAUGGAUGUCGUUAACACUCUGUUGUUUAGUAGGAGUCAUCCCAGUUGCUAAUUCUAACAUUAAUAAACAUAAUAAACAUAUUUUUCUCCCUGAUUUCCCCAUAUUAUUCAGAAACUCCAGCAAACCUGAAGACAGCUUCUCCAAGUCAGGGCUUUCAGACUUUUAGGCAACUAACUGCAAGCAUCCAUAACUGGUACUUUUAUAAGGCCCUUUUUGGAUACUGUUUCCAUAAUUUUAAAUUUUGACAUUACUAGUUUCCACACUGCUAAUAAAACAAACACACACAAACAAACAAAACACAACAGGUCAACGUGAACUAAAACUACCUGUCAUUUUCCCAGGAUUACUGAAGGCUGGAUUCCAGAGCUCCAUAAUGACUUCAUUUGACAAAAUCAGAUGAAAUACAUACAUUUUCCAAUUAGGUGUCUGUUGAAGUUGCCACUAUUGUCCAUUCAGAAUCUUCAAUGAGCUAAUCUUUUCCUACUUUCUGCAAGUGAAUGCUCCCUGAAGAGUUGAAAAAGGCAUUGCAUGAAGAUAAAUUGAGGGUAACCAUUAUCGAAAAGGAGCCAUAAAUACUAUUAGAUCAAUAUAUGUAUAUAAAGAUAGAGAACAAGUAAAGGGGGACACUGUCUUUUAAUAAAUUUUGGAAUUAAAAAGUCACUUAAUAAAACUGCAGUUGUAUC